GUGACAUCAGUAGGUCAUCCGCAGAAUAGAAUCGAGCCAGUGACACAUUUGACAGGGUUUUUCCUUAUAGUUAUGGCCGAGUAUGUGUAGCGGAUGGACAGUCCUAUAACUAUUGCGGAUGAUUGACAGGGGUUCCUUAACGGUUGCAUGAAGAUUCUUUGAGAUACACUUAUAACCUCAGGUAGAAAUAUGGAUGAACGUGCCAACUUAAUGAAUAUGAUGAAACUUAGUAUAAAAUCAUUAAUCCAGUCAGCUCUUAAUCUUGGUAGAAGUUUGGAUUCUGAAUACCCACCUCUUCAACAGUUCUUUGUUAUUAUUGAACACUGUCUCAAACAUGGACUAAAAGUCAAGAAAAGUUUUAUUGGGCAGAAUAAAUCAUUCUAUGGCCCAUUGGAACUGGUUGAGAAACUUUGUCCUGAAUCAUCUGAUUUGUUUGCCAAUAUUAAAAAUCUUCCAGAACUAAAGACACAUGUAGGUAGAGGAAGAGCCUGGCUUCACCUUGCAUUGAUGCAAAAAAAGUUAGCAGAUUACUUACAAGUUUUAAUAGACCAUAAGGAUCUGUUAAGUGAGUUUUAUGAACAGGAUGCUCUUAUGAUGGAGGAAGAAGGAGCUGUGAUUGUUGGAUUGCUAGUGGGACUUAACAUGAUUGAUGCCAAUCUUUGUCUGAAAGGAGAAGACCUGGAUUGUCAGGUUGGAGUAAUUGACUUUUCUUUCUAUCUUAAGGAUACACAGCAAAAUGAUAAUGAAAAACACACAGAUGACAUUGCAGCUAUCCUUGAUCAAAAGCAUUAUGUGGAGGAACUCAACAGGCACUUAAGCUGCACAGUGGGAGACUUGCAGUCAAAAAUUGAUUGUUUGGAGAAGACUAAUUCAAAGAUAAAUGAAGAGCUUAUUGCUGCAAAGGAUCGACUUGUUUCACUACAAGAGGAACAUGAUCACUUGUUAAAAGAGACUGCACAAAUACUGGAAAAAAGUGAAAAAAGUGUAGAGGUGAAUAAACAAGAUGCAAAAGUUGAGUUGGAAACAUAUAAACAGUCACGGCAAGGGUUGAAUGAGUUGUAUAAUGAGGUUUGGAAGCAACUUAAAGUUGAAAAGCAAAAUCGAAUGGAAAUGGAAAAAGAACUGGAACUGCAGGUUGGAAUGAAAGCAGAAAUGGAAAUAGCGAUGAAACUGCUGGAGAAAGAUAUCCACGAAAAACAAGAUACUCUAGUAGUUCUGCGACAACAGCUGGAUGAUGUAAAAGCCAUUAAUCUACAGAUGUGCCAAAAAGUCCAGGAUGCAGAAACUGCUUUGUGUAAGAAAAAUGAAGUUGUAACAUCUCUUCAAGCCAUAUCUGAUCAGAUGACAUCUGCUGCAAAGCAAAUGGAAGAAAGAAUGCAGAAAGCUGAAAAGGCUAGACAGUCAUCUGAAGAUAAGUAUAAUAAGAUGAAGAUGGAAUUUGCAGUCAAGACUGAAUCCUUUCAGCAAGAACUUGAGCAAGUGAGAGCACGAUGCUCAGUUUUAGAACUAGAUUUGAAGUCUGAAAGAGAGAAACACUUUAACCUUCAAGAAGAGCUUCAGAAAGAGAAAAGUAUGUCUUCUUCUCUUCAAAGCGAACUGCAACAACUAUCAAAAUUAAAGAAGGAUUUUGAGAAGUUGCAGCUUGAGAAGAAUCAAUUACAUAAGCUUUGCGAUGAACAGGAGCAGGCUCUGCAAGAAAUGGGCUUGCAUCUAAGCCAGUCAAAAUUAAAGAUGGAAGAUAUCAAAGAAGUAAAUAAAGCACUCAAGGGACACACCUGGCUAAAGGAUGACGAAGCAACCGGGUGCAAACAAUGCAAUAAAGAAUUCUCGAUUUCCAGAAGAAAGCAUCAUUGCAGGAACUGUGGAGACAUCUUUUGCAACACCUGUUCAAGCAACGAACUUUCACUGCCAUCAUACCCAAAACCUGUCCGUGUAUGUGAUACGUGCCAUAACUUACUGCUACAGAGAUGUUCCUCAAACUCUUCAUAAGAUUGCUCUAAAUUCUAUUGAAAGCUGGAUUUUUUUCAUACAGUAAAAUAAGCCAAUCCAUUUUCUAAUUUUUCAUGAAACUCUAUGCUUGGUGGGGAUAUAUAUGUGUAUUUUUGGGUAACACUUUCAUAUAUAUAUAUACACACACAAACAGAGUGAAACUAAUUUUAGUCAUCAUUAAUGUGCGUUUCUACUACGACAUUUUCAGCCUGAAGCAUUCUGUACAUGUUUGUACUAAAAAUGUAUGAUUUCUGAUCUUCUGUAACACAUCAUUGUGGUCUAUUCACCAAAGAGAGAGCUGGCAGAAGAGUUGUACUUUCAAAUUCAUUAUGAAUGCCAAUACUGGUAGGUUUCUCUAGAAAGGAGGACAGAGUUGACACUUGGUAAUGCAUGAUUUAAUAGGUGGGAAUAUUUUGGAGAAAUCUAUUUAAGUAUCUAAGUAAGCUACGCCCUUCCUGUAGGAGAAGCUUAUUGGUGAUGUCAUAGAGUUGAAACUAGAACUCUGCUGCAAACUAUCAGUGUAGUGAAAUAAAACAACUUAUUUUUGUGGCAAAUCUUGAAAUUCAUAUCACUUGAACUGUAUUGAUAAAAUGUCUAAACUGUGCCUUUGUUUAAGAUUUUACAUCAGAAACUUACAAAUAGUAACACAUAUCAUAUUUGUUUAACUUGUAAUUGUUUAUACUUUCUGGUAAAAGAAAAUAAAUUCUUUUGAAUACAAAAAUAAA